AUGGAAAAGGCCUUAUGUGAUCUAGGAGCCAGCAUAAACCUAAUGUCUCUAGCAAUGAUGAAAAAGAUGAAGAUUGAAGAAGCCAAACUAACAAGAAUGGCCCUCCAACUAGCAGACAGGUCAUUCAAAUUUCCCCAUGGAGUAGUAGAAGACUUGUUGGUGGAGGUGGGAGACUUCAUUUUCCCAGCAGAUUUUGUAGUACUAGACAUGGAAGAAGGAGCUAAGACCUCCAUCAUCCUGGGGAGGCCAUUUUUAGCCACUGUUAGAGCCAUUAUUGAUGUCCAAAAGGGUGAACUUGUCCUCAGAUUACACGAGGAGAAAAUGACAUUCAAUGUGUUAAAGGCUAUGGGAUACCCACAUGACUUAUUGGGAGAUUGUAUGAGGCUGGACUCAGUAGAAGCUUUGGUACAAGAAACUCUUGAAGAAGAGCUCGAAGCAUCAACAGAAGAGGAGUUAGCAACAAGCGAAGAAGCUGCAGCCGCUGAAAUACAUGUUCAAAAUGGGUUAGAAAAGAAGGAGGAAAGAAAAGAAGCACCCAAAUUGGAGCUUAAGGCACUUCCAACCACUCUUAAGUAUGCAUACUUGGGAGAAAAUAAAAGUUAUCCAGUAAUCAUAAAUUCAGCUCUCAGCCAAGAACAAAAGGAAGAAUUGCUUCAAGUCUUACGACGGCAUAAAGAUGCAAUUGGAUGGACACUUGCUGACUUAAAGGGAAUCAGUUCAGCCAUAUGCAUGCAUAAAAUACUUUUAGAAGAAGGUGCCAGACCUUCCAUUCAGCCCCAAAGAAGGUUAAAUCCAGCAAUGAAAGAAGUAGUGCAGAAAGAAGUCAUGAAGUUGUGGCAGGGAGGAGUAAUCUAUCCAAUCUCAGACAGCCAAUGGGUCAGUCCAAUUCAGGUGGUUCCCAAGAAAGGGGGAAUCACUGUGGUGCCUAACGCUUCCCUUCAUGGACCAAAUGUUGGAAAGACUUGCGGGACAUUAUUUGGAGAUUCCUUCCCUAGUUGCCUAACCCAUCUUACCUUGGUAUUGAAAAGAUGUCAAGAAACCAACUUAGUCUUGAACUGGGAAAAAUGUCACUUCAUGGUGACAGAGGGAAUAGUUCUUGGCCACAAAGUUUCUAAUCAAGGCAUUGAGGUAGAUAGAGCUAAGGUGGAGCUAAUUGAAAAGUUACCUCCACCCAAUGAUGUCAAGGCAAUUAGGAGUUUUUUGGGGCAUGCUGGCUUUUAUAGAAGGUUCAUUAACGAUUUUUCAAAGAUAGCCAAGCCCUUAAGGAAUAUCCUAAUGUCUGAUACACCAUUUAAUUUUGACGAGAAAUGCAUGCUAUCAUUUGAAAACUUGAAAAAGAAAUUGUCCUUUGCUCUUAUCAUUUCCCCACCAGAUUGGAACUUACCCUUUGAAUUGAUGUGUGAUGCAUCUGAUUUUGCACUUGGGGCCGUGUUAGGGCAGAGGAAAGAUAAUUUAGUCCAUGUGAUAUACUAUGCUAGCAAAGUCCUCAAUGAUGCUCAAAGAAACUAUACCACUACUGAAAAGGAGUUGCUAGCAAUAGUUUUUGCAUGUGACAAGUUCAGAUCAUAUCUCAUUGGUGCUAAAGAAUUCAAUAUUGAAAUUAGAGACAAGAAAGGAGUGGAGAACAAGGUAGCAGAUCACUUAUCCAGAAUCCAUCAUGAGGAAGGUGGAACACAUGAUACAAGUGUAAACGAGCUCUUCCCUGAAGAGCAAUUGAUGACAAUUCACAAAGCACCAUGGUUUGCAGACAUUGCCAACUUCAAGGAUGCUAAAGAACUAGUAAAGAGCUGCAAUGAAUGCCAAAGAUCUGGAAACUUGCCCAAAGGAAAUGCGAUGCCACAAAAUUUCAUCCUGGAACUGGAACUGUUUGAUGUGUGGGGAAUCGAUUUCAUGGGACCAUUCCCAACCUCAUACUCAAACAAGUACAUCUUGGUAGUAGUGGAUUACGUUUCCAAGUGGGUAGAGGCUAUUGCCACCCCAACAAACGAUAAUAAGAUAGUCAUGAACUUCCUCAGGAAGAACAUCUUUAGCCAUUUUGGAGUCCCCAGAGCACUUAUCAGUGAUAGAGGGAGUCAUUUUGUAACAGACCACUAG